CCAAGAUCCAACAUUCCAACAAAACCCCAAAAAAUGACAAUAUCUCCAUCACCACAUUUUGUCAUAUUUCCCUUCAUGUCACAAGGCCAUACCAUCCCUCUCCUCUACCUCUCCCGAAUCCUUACCGAUCGCAGUAUCACCGUCACCAUAAUCACCACACCAGCCAAUUACUCCGCCAUUCGAGUCGCCAUCAAAAACAAUUCCAUUAACAUCAUAGACAUCCCAUUCCCACAAAACGUUGUCGACGUCCCACCCGGGAUAGAACUAACCGAUAACCUUCCAUCCAUGUCAUCAUUCAUUCGUUUCGUGGAAGCCACGGAACAACUCAAACCGCGGUUUGAAGAACUUGUCUCCAGUCUCCAACCCGCGGUUAGUUGCAUAAUCUCGGAUGGUUUUUUAAUGUGGACACAAGAUUCGGCCGAUAAAUUAAAAAUUCCUAGGUUGUGUUUUUAUGGGGCCAAUAUAUUUAGCAUGACUAUGUGUAAUGUUAUGGCACAGUUUAAGCCACAUGCGAACGUUGGUUCGAAUGAUGAGCCUUUUUUGGUACCGGGAUUUGGGAAAAUGAAGUUAACUGUUAAUGAUUUCGAGCCGCCAUUUAGUGAGCUUGACCCGAAAGGUCCUGCGCUUGAUUUCCUUAUGAAGCAACAGAAGGCAAUGUCUAGGAGUCACGGCUUGGUGGUUAAUAGCUUUUAUGAGCUUGAAGCUAAUUUUAAUGAGUACUGGGACCGAAACUAUGGACCCAAAGCUUGGUUGGUUGGACCUUUUUGUGUAGCGAAACCAUCUGCUAUUAAUUAUUCAGAUAUUCCGAUCAAGGUAAUGGAAAAGCCAACAUGGAUCCAGUGGCUUGAUAAGAAACUUGAAACCAAUGAUUCUGUGGUAUACGUAUCCUUCGGAACGCAGGCAGAGGCGUCCAAGGAGCAGAUACACGAGGUCGCCAUUGGGUUGGAAAAAUCAAACAUAAGCUUCAUAUGGGUAAUGAAACCGAAGCAAUUGCAAUAUAUCGGGUCAGGGUUUGAAGACAGAGUGAAGGCGCGGGGCAAAUUAGUAGUUGAAUGGGUAGAUCAAAUGGAGAUUUUGAAACAUGAAAGUGUGUGUGGCUUUUUGAGUCAUUGUGGAUGGAACUCGAUGCUGGAGAGUAUGUGUGCGGGUGUGCCUGUGUUGGCGAUGCCGUUGAUGGCAGAGCAGCACCUAAAUGCGAGGAUUGUGGUUGAGGAGAUUGGGAUGGGGCUUCGAUUAUGGGCACGGGGUAAGGUGGCACGAGGGCUAGUUGGGCAAGAAGAAGUCGCGAAAGUGGUUUUAGAGUUGAUGGAAGGGGAAGGUGGACGCAAGGCGAGGGAAAGAGUAACCGAGGUUAGGAAAGGUGCGUACGGUGCAAUGAAGGAUGGAGGAUCAUCGUCAAGAACAUUAGACUCCUUAAUCGAUCAUGUUACGGGAUAAGUAUCCUGAAAUGUACCAAACUUUAGACGAAUGUCUAUAGUAGGAAAUAACUAAAGU